AUGAGUGUAUUUCUUGUUGUUGUUGCCACCAAGUGGCUUCCCAGGCUACGUAUUCACCUGAAUUUCUUUUACAUUCAUUUAAUUCGAUUGGGUAAGAAGUGGAAGACUUAUUUCUUAGAGAAUUGCGCGUGGACUGACGAAAAAAAAGACUGGCUAGGCGUAAAACCCCCCAUAAAUUAUUUUAAUCGCCCUGGGAAACUACUCGAAAUCUCCGAAAAGCACCUCAGGAAAUACUUUUUUGACCAAUCAAUUUUAGGAAAAUCCCUUCCCACUCUUCGUGAUCAGGGCCAAGAACUUCCGUUAAUAGCAAGUGAGUUUUGUGUGGAAAAAACAAUUGAAGCUAAUAAGUGCAAAAUCGUGAAUCCCGACGACACUAUAACUGAGGAUAAUACAGCGCGGAUAGGAGAGCUGAACAGGAAAAUAUCAACCUGGAAAGGCGUAACGACGGUCGCAAGGAAAAACCUCAAAUUACUCGAAGCCAAAAUGGUAGUAGACAUUCCAACAGUGGAAGCACGGAUGGCAAAAUACGAAGGUCAUUUCAGUGACAUUUCAAGGACUUCAGUCGCGGAACAAAUCGAAUCCAGCGACGGAGACGAGCAACAAAUCCUUCAACAACAGAAGGAACAAACUGCAUUCCUUUACCUUUACAAUACCUCGUAUCACGCACUUUUCCGAUGCAAAAAAUAUAAAGAGUUGCCAGUAGAUCACCGCAUUAAGAUAGCGAAACAAAUGGUACUCUGCCUUAAUUGCCUAAAUAAACACAAACAAGAGUGCAGAUACAGUCGCUGUAGCCAGUAUGGAGAGCCACAUAAUUCUCUGCUACACUCAUCUGCAGGGACGGGAGAGCCUGUAAGCGCCAUGACCGCUCGCCUUCCCUCCAGCCAAGUAAUGACCGCAGCAGUGGUUAAUGUAAUCAACAAAUCCAGUUCAUCAGAACAAUGUCGAGUUCUUUUGGAUACUGGCGCCUCGGCGAACUUCAUCACUGAAGAGCUUGCAACAAAACUGAAGCUACCUCGUAAGCCGUGUGUGCUACCUGUUGGAACUCUCAGUGAAAUGGCGACUUUUACAAAGGGUGUGGUAACUGCCACAAUUAAGUCGAGGCACAAUGGAUUCCAGAAAGAGUUGAGCUUUUUAACCGUCCCAAGGAUCGCUGACCUGAUUCCAACAUCGUUCGUUCGUCGGGAAGCACUGAAGAUUCCAGCCAACAUUCGAUUAGCGGAUCCAGACUCCUACAAGCCAGCUCCAAUUGAUAUGCUGAUAGGAACUGGGCCAACUCUAUCAUUCCUCUGCACUGGACAGAUUGAUCUAUCAUAUCCUGGAGGUCCAGACCUCUAUCUCCAUAAAACCCAGAUGGGUUGGGUAAUCGGUGGAUCAAUUCAAGUGUCUCCAGCUGCUAGAUCCAUUCAGUGUCAUCAUGCAACACCAGAAUUCAAGUUAGAGAAAGUAUGGGAGGUUGAAGAAGUUCCAAAGGCAAAAACUCAUUCAAUUGAAAAGCAGCAAGCUGUGGAUCACUUUAAAGGACAUUACACUCGUGAUUCCACAGGUAAAUAUACUGUUGCUCUUCCAUUUAACUCCAAGAAAAAUCUCCUGGGCAACUCUUACAACAUGGCCUUUAGACGCUUCCAGAGUUUGGAACGCAAGUUCAGCAGGGAUCCGGAGCUCUUCAAAGCAUACUCAGAUAACAUUGAAGAGUACUUGAAAUUUAACUAUUUAACAGAGGUACGUGACCCUAGUGAUACAGGAUACUACUUACCCCAUCACGCUGUCGUCAAGAAGAAUAGCCUAAAAACCACGGUCAGAGUCGUGUACGAUGGUUCUGCUAAAACCACCACAGACAUCUCCUUAAAUGAGACCCUCUUAGUCGGUCCCAAGCUACAGAAAGACAUCUUCUGGCAGGUGCUUCACUUCCGCACUCACUUGUACGCACUAACCGGUGACAUUGAAAAAAUGUUCCUGCAGUUUGGAGUACGAGAGGAAGAUCGACGCUAUCAACGCAUAUUAUGGAGGAAUAAUAGUGGAAGGGUCGCAGUCUACGAACUGAACAACGUGACAUUUGGGCUGUCUUCUUCCCCUUAUGAAGCAGUCCAAUGUCUCCAGCAACUUGCAGAAGACGAAGCCCAGACGUUUCAAGUGGCGACACGCAUCGUCAAACAAAACAUGUACGUGGACGAUCUGCUCUGUGGAUUUGAUUCAAGGCACGACGCUAAGUACGCUCGCGACGAAAUCACUCAAUUACUGGCUCAAGGGGGACUCACCAUCAAACACUGGGCAUCCAAUGAUCCCAGGCUAUUGCAGGGUUUGCACGCAGAGUCCAUCCAUCAAAAACUCCAACUGAAUGAUGAAGCAACCCUCAAGACACUGGGAAUCUAUUGGGAUGCAUAG